UGCUGGCAACAGUUGGUCGCCAACACAGUCGCAGAGCAGUCCGAGUUCCCAACGCGUUAUCCAAGAGCCGAGCAGAGUUCAACCAGAGUCCACAAUAUGGUGAUCGAUAUCAAAAUGUGUCGCUUUGAUAAUGUGCCGUGGGGCUUUCGGCUGGUGGGCGGGGCCGACUACGACUACCCACUGACAGUGGUUAAGGUCGCAGAGGGCAGCAUUGCCGAGGAGGCUGGCCUGUGCGUGGAGGAUGUGAUUGUGCGUAUCAAUGACACGGCUGCCACGCCCCUCACGCAUGAUGAGGCGCAUCGCCUAAUCAUGAGCAGCGGCAGCGUCUUUUAUUUUGGCGUACAACGCGAGCACGAGGAGGAGCAGAUCUAUGCGGGUCCCAAGCGCUUCCCAUGUGCCAGCGCCAGCGCCAGUGCGAGUUCGUUGACCAAGUCGCCGACGCCAACCGCAUCCGCAUCCGCAUCCGCGUGCACCUCGCCUUUGCCGUCGCUAACGGAAGCCACAAAAGCGCUCAUACCGGAACAGGAACAGGAACAGGAACGGGUCGAGGUUGCGCAACUGGAGGCGAGAGUGGAGCUGGAAUGUCGCAGCGCUGUCACGGAAAUGCAUUCGCAUGCCAGCGACCAGGCCAGCAACGGUGGCCUCUAUUUGCCCGAUUUGCCCGAUCGCCCGUGCUCGGCGCUGUCAGAGCAGACGGAAAUUAAGCUGGUGGAGGAGGAAAUUGCCGCUGUGCUGUCUGGGGAAUCGGAGGUGCUCAAGGAGCACAAUGUGCUGGGCGUCAAUUUCUACAGAAUCUUUCCCAAGCCGGGCGUCUGCAUGACCAGCGACGUGCUGCGCUCCCUCAACGAGGAGGUGACCAAGACCAAGCUGGAGAAGGAAAAGGAGAAUCGCAAAUGGUCGACCUUCCUGCAGAGGCCCGAUCGACCCGUGCCCAAGAGCAAGCAGCAGCUGGAGGCGGAGCGCCGCGCCGCCAAUGCCUACAAGGUGAGGAUAGUGAAGUCGGCGCCACGCGACAAAUCGCCCAUGCCGGAAGCCAAGCCGGAGCCAAAGGAAGCGACCCCACCACAAGCAGAGCCAGAGCCGAAGCAGGAGCAGGAGCAGGAGCAGGAGCCGGAGCCGGAGCCGGUUGACCCGGUGGACGAGGAGCCAUUGCCCACGGACAGCGAAGUGCCAAAUUUGGAGCAAUUGCCAGACAACGGCAACAGCGCGACGCCCGAGGAGACGGAUGGCGAGCAGUUAGAGAAGGCGGAUGCCUCCAAGGAGCAGUCCGAACAGCAAACAGCAGACGAACAACAAACAGCCACUGAGCCCAACGAAGAGCUGGCCCAGCAGCCCGUGGGCGAGGCAGAGGCCGCGCCAACAGCAGCCAAAACCGAGGAGGAGCUGGCACUGGAAAAGCAACUGGCCGAUGUGCAAAAACAGCUCGCAGCGCUCUCCUCGCUGCCAUCCACCAUACAAUCGACCCUGGAUGCGGUGACCAAGCAGCUGGCCGAGCUGCUGCCCACAUUCAAGCUUCAGCAGCAGCAGCAGGAGCAGCAGCAGCAGGAGGAGCAGCCAAAUGGCCAGCAUCAAGACGUGUCCAGCUCGGCGGCUGAGGGGCAGCAGCUGCAGCCCGGGGAGCCAAAGGAGCCGGAAGAGACGGCACCUGAAAAUAAUGAGGAUAAAUGCGAUGCCAAUGACCGAGAAGUGGCAGAAAUUUCGCUCUCGAAUGGCGACAAUCGCCAGCUGGAGGAGCAACAGCAGCAGCAGCAGCAGCAGCCGCAGCAGCAGCUCAACGAGGAGCUCAGCUUCAAGAAGCAAAAGAAACACAAUGUCAUUGAGGAGCUGGAGGAGCAUUUGGUGCGCAAAAACAAUCCCAGACGUUCGAAGCGCGCCUUUGGUCCCCUAACGCCAUCAUCGGAGCGUCCUUUGGUGCUGCCCGGCGGCAGGCGCUGGUAUCGACCCAAGGAUGCCUACAAUGAUGAAUUCAUUGCCGAAACGCUCAGCGCCCAAGCGGAGCUUAUCACUGGCAGCACAUUGGGGGUCAACUUCAUGAAGUACCAAAAGCCGGAGCGCAAAAUCGACCUCAAUCGCAGCGAGGUGUAUAAAGUCAUACAUCAUCUGGAUCGUGCACCUGUCCGUGGCAUUGAGGUGCGUGCACCACUCGUGGCAGCCGAAUCGGAUAUACGCCAAGCCUUGCAGUCAUAGAUUUCAUAGAGUUCCCACUAAGCAAUUCUGUUCUGAACCAAAAGUUAAUAAUAUUCUAAGCAGCUCGAGAAAUAUAUAGAAAAACUAUGAAAA